UCCCAAAAGCUCCCAAAACUUCAUAAAAUCUUUUUAUCAAAGUCAAUUGCAACGCCUCCAACUUCCAAGUCCGAAAAUGGCGUCUCUAACAAGCACAAGAAUUCCCAGAACCCCAUCAACCUCUUUCCCCAAAAUCCCAUCCAAAUCCCACCAAUACCCACAAUCCAUAUCUCUAAAACAACCCCACCAAAAACUACUUCUAGCCAUUAAGGCCUCGAACCAAAGCACAACUAGCUCUUCUUCUUCUUCGCCAGGAUUGUACUCUGCCCAGAAAUUCGAGCUCACUGCUCAAAACGUGGACUUGGUUCUCGAGGAUGUUCGGCCUUACCUCAUUUCUGAUGGUGGAAAUGUCGAUGUUGUCUCUGUUCAAGAUGGUGUCGUUUCUCUCAAACUCCAAGGAGCUUGUGGGAGCUGUCCUAGCUCAACAACUACAAUGACGAUGGGGAUUGAACGAGUACUGAAGGAGAAGUUUGGAGAUGCAGUCAAGGACAUUCAACAAGUAUAUGAUGAAGUACAGGAGACUAAUGUUGAGGCAGUGAAUGCUCAUCUUGACAUACUGAGACCAGCCAUUAAGAACUUUGGUGGGAAUGUGGAAGUGUUGUCUGUUGAAGGUGGGGAUUGCCUUGUAAAGUACAUGGGGCCGGAGUCCAUUGGAUCAGGAGUUAAAGCAGCAAUUAAAGAAAAGUUCCCUGAUAUUGUGAAUGUUGUGUUUACUGACUAGUUUGUUCAUAAUUUUAGAAAUUCAGCUAAUUUGUUAUAUAUUCUGCAUUUUCCAUUGGGACAAGGAUCGCUUUGUCGAACAUGGUUGAGCUGCAACUUCUGAAGCCAACUUGUCCAAGUAAUUCAUAUAUGAAUGAGCUAAGGCAGUACAUGUAAUGCAAUGCAUAUUUGUGUCUUGGAUUGUACUAUGUAUCUUAUAUUAUAAUUUGAAUAGAUAGCUCCUCUGGCUCAGAGUGCACAGUUCAAAUA